AUUCAGACCAGGGGCGGACUGACAACUCAUGAGGCCCCCGGCAAUAGGGGAUCAUAGGGCCCCUGUGUCCUUGCCCAAACUCAAAAAAGCCUAUGAAAAAGGUACCAGGGGCAUCUCAUGGGGCCCCCUACUGACCCCGCGCCCUCGGGCAGUGCCCGAGUUUCCAAAUAGUCUGCCCCUGAUCCAGACCCUGCAAAUCAUGUCCAGGUCUCAGGGAACCCCUUAUAAAAAUGACAUCUACAGCUCAGGGUGCGUUCACAUUUUUCGCUUUUUUUUUCUCCAGCAUUUUUAUUUAUUUUAUUUUAUUUUU